GAGAGAGAGAGAGAGUGAGAGAGAGAGAGAGAGAGAGAGAGAGAGAGAGAGAGAGAGUGAUAGAGUGCUAUAGACUGACACUCAUGAUCUCAUGAACGCGCUCACCUGAGCCUGCUGCUCCGCUCGACCAUCUCCAUUCAUUCCUUUUUUUAGUUUUUCAUCUGCUCUCAUCUUUUAUUCGCUCCAUUCACUUCAUCUUUUAAUUAUCCUUAUUGUUUUUGCUCUUCUCCUCGUUCAUCCUCAGCGGGUUCGGAGCGUUUGGACAUUCGCGUGUUGUUUGAACAUCUUUUUUGGGGGUCUCUUCUCGCCUGAAGCCCGAAACGGAAUAUAUACCUCAAAAAAACAACAAAAGGGAAAAAAAUCUAAUAAUAAUCAUAAGAAGAAGCUGCGCGCGCUCGGCGUAAAAGCGAGGAAAAGGAGAAGGAGAGAAGGAGAAACCUCGCUGGCUUGGAUUUAGUGCAUUUAUUAAUAUUAUUAUUAUUAUUUUACCAAUAAUAAUAAUAUUAUUUUGGUUGUUUUUUUGCCUUCUGCCGGAUUUAACCUGCUCCCUGUGUCCGGAUCUGCGCGCGCCUCUGAGGAAUGGAAAUGUACUUCAGCUGGUGACCGAACGGAGACUUAACACACACACACACACACACACACAAACACACUCCUUCACUCUGCACGCGCGUGUGUGUGUCUGUGUGUUUUCUGUUUUUUGAACCCAAACUGAAGGAGAGACUGGCGCGCGCUGGCUGGAGUGGCCGCUGGCUGGCCGGACUGUCCGGAGUGUGUGAGCCGCAGGAGUGAAACUGCCCCUGAUCCGCGCGCAGCGGCUCCGCUGGAGGCUUUUUUCUACUGUUUGUUUAUUUUUUGACUUUUUUUUUUACUGUUAUUAUCCUGUUUUUUUUUCCUACCUCGCGCCUGGAGUGGGGGAUCGCUACUGCGCCUGGGAUACCGCGAGAGCGCCCGCGUGCGAUUGAGUGCGCGAGUGCGUGAGCGUGCGUGCGUGUGCGUGUGCGUGUGUGAUCAUGGCGGAGUCGCUGCUCUGGAGGUGCUGCUUCAGCCUGCUGGUGGUCGCGUGCGAGCUGAGCGCGACCCGCGCGAUCAUCCUGGAGUCCAUCUACUGGAACACGACCAACACCAAGUUUGUACCAGGUCAAGGUUUAAUACUGUACCCUCAGAUCGGGGACAAAAUGGACAUUGUGUGUCCUCGUGUGGAGGGCAGCUCUAUGGAAGGAGUGGAGUAUUAUAAACUCUACAUGGUUCCUCGUGAACAGCUGGACACUUGUACUGUCACCAAGGCGGAUACGCCGCUACUAAACUGCGUAAAGCCUGACCAGGAUGUCAAAUUCACCCUCAAGUUCCAGGAAUUUAGCCCAAAUCUUUGGGGCCUGGAGUUCUUCAGAGGAAAAGACUACUACAUCAUCUCAACAUCGAAUGGCACGAUGGAAGGCCUGGAGAACCAGGAAGGAGGAGUUUGUAAAACAAAAUCCAUGAAAAUCGUCAUGAAGGUCGGACAGAACCCAUCAGAUCCAGUUCCUCCUAAAGAUUAUCCCACCAGACAUCCGCCAAAACACACAGACACGGGCAAAGAUUCCAAAUCCAACGAAGUGCUCGACAAACCAGGAGCGUCCCAUCGUGAGGGCGAGACGGCCGAUAACGGUGGCGGUGGCAAAUCCUCAUCCGUGAUUGGCUCAGAGGUGGCGCUGUUCGCCGGCAUCGCUUCGGCCAGCGUCAUUGUCAUCAUCAUCAUCGUCAUGCUGGUGGUGCUUCUGCUGAAAUACCGGCGGCGCCACCGCAAACACUCGCCCCAACACGCCACUGCGCUGUCCCUCAGCACGCUGGCCACACCCAAACGGGGUGGAGCCGGCGGCAACAACAACGGCUCCGAGCCCAGUGACAUCAUCAUCCCGCUGCGGACUGCUGACAGCGUCUUCUGCCCGCACUACGAAAAAGUUAGCGGGGAUUACGGCCAUCCCGUUUAUAUCGUACAGGAAAUGCCCCCUCAAAGCCCGGCCAACAUCUACUACAAGGUUUGAGGACCAUGAGGGCCCACUUUGACCUUUGACCUGCUCCCCCCACCACCUCCUCGAUGGACCGCCUCUCCACCCUCAGGGGCGGGAUCGAGCUAGCCCCGCCUCCUCUCGUGGCUGUCGUUUAUUUUUUUUGCCCGUUUUGUUUUCCGAAUAUUCCUUACUGUUAUUAUCACCAGUAUAGAUUUUCCUCAUGGUGGAGUGAGGCUCCUAAUAUGCUGCUCUUAAACCUCCCCUGAUAACGUGAACACUGACAUGGCUGUCUAGGACCUGGAGGAUCCUAUAGCGUGUCUUGUGAUCGGACAUGCCGGGGGGGUGUUUUUGGGGGUCCGUGUUCAAGCAGUGAGGGGGGUGAUGAGGGUGCCGAAAGCCCUCUUUUCAACUUCACUUCAUGGACUCCACAGCUGGAGACAAGAAGAGAGCAACGAGAGGGACAGCAAGUCGAGGACGCUUGAUUGAACUGGUGCCGGUCACGGGAGUCUCCUCGACUGAGACGUGGACUCAGCUGGUCGGCUGCCGCUGCUGAAAGCUGGACUUUACAGGCCACUCGGAGACGGGAAGCUCCUUCCCAUCGCCUCAUCGGACAUUUACUGGAGUUUCCUGUUUGGUAAAAAGUGGACAUCACCCGUUUCGCUCGCCUUCUUGGUCACUCGUGUUUUUUUUUGUCCGUUUCCACCCUCCCUUCAUCUCGACACACCUGUUUUAUUUUUUCUCUUUGACGAAAUGACUCUCACCAAUCGUUACUUGAAAGCUUUGCUUUUUUGUAUGGUCAUACGUCUUAACUCGCAUUUCUCUUGGUCAUUCCUCCAGUAUGGUUCACUUUUUGUAGAAUGUAGGUAUCGUCAUAGAGAUCCUUUUGUGCUGGUUUACUUCGUGCUGUUCGUAUGUUGCGUGGGACACACACACACACAGGCAUAUACACACACACACACAUUUGGCAUACACACAUUUCAUUUGCGUAAGUCUGCAGCCAAGGGCUAGAGGACAGGGGGUAACGUUUGUUUGAGGUUGUUUUCUGCUGGGACAGUGGAGAAACCAUGUGAACACUUUUGAAGCAGCACUUUUAAAAACACCUCCACCUGGUCCAUGCAGAACACACACACACACACACACACACACACACACACACACACACUCAACCACCAGACACUGAUAAGGAGGAGGAGCUAAAUGGCAGCACCAGUGGAGUGAAAGCCUAUAGGAUAGAAGCAUGUCAGCGAAAGGCUAACACUGGCAAUAAGUCUCCAACUGCCUACACAUGUAUUGGUGGCCAACGUGGGGUCGGACUCCGGACCCGUUUCCGAUGAACUGGUGCUGCCAUACUUUGCGCAAAAAAAAAAAAAAAAAAAAGCACAGGGUCAUCCAACAUAUUGCUAUUAGCGUUAGCAUAAUGAUUUUUAUUAUAGCUAUUAUUAUUAUUAUUAUUAUUUACUUGUUUUAAUUGAAUGCAGAAGACUUAAUUAACAUUUUUUUGUUAGCUGUACAGUUGAAAAGGAGGAGAUUUUGUUCUUUAAAUGUGGAAAGAAACAGAGAAAGUAGAAUUUAUUUAUGAUACACAGAGCACACAAAUGGCCAGGCAGGAAAAAAAGAAGAUAUGAAUGAUUUAGCAAACAGGCACAUUAUGCAAAUGCAAAAUUUCUUUUCCUUUCACGUUAACAUACUUUUUUUGCCCCAUUCACACUGAUCUUAAUCUAAAUAGUUGCCUUUUGAACCACAAGCUUAUAUAUGCGUAUAUAUAUAUAUAUAUAUAUGUAACACACACUUCGAGACACACAUGCAGCAGACACACACACACACACACACACACAGGCAGGAAAGGGGCAACUUUGGAAGAAGGCCCCAGAGAAAAACAGCAUGUUGGGUUUAAAAUAGCUGAAAGGAAUGAGAAGGAAGGGCCAGAAAUGGUGAACACAGGCAAGUCUGGCAGAAUCUCGCGUACCAGGGCUAAAGUAAACCAGCUCUUCUGGCUGGGCCUGUCUGAUUUGAUGAAGCUCAGAGAGUGCCGGGUUGAAAUUAGGCCCUCUCAAGUGGGUAGCAGGGCAGUGGACGAGGGUUAGGAAGCAAAGCAGAUGGGAAUUAGCUCAGGCUAAAAUUGUAAAUCAGAUAAAGCGGCAACUUUCAUGCUACUACCCAGGAAAACAGAAAAAGAGGUGUUGGUGGAGACUAAAUGAGGACUGUUGUGCUCUUAAAAAUUAAGGGUUCUUUGCACGAUGCCAUAAAAACCAUGUUUAGUUGCCUAAAACACCUUUUAAUGGCUGCCUCUUUAGAGAACCAUUGUUAAUGAGAUGCGUGAGCCUGAAGAACCUUCCUGAAGUUUGUAGAAACUUGGGAGGAUGAAAUCUAACAUUUUUGUUAAGGUUCUUCAAGUUCACAAAUCUUCUCCAACAUGGUUCCUCAGGGUUCCUCAGUGAUUCUUAAACCAGUCCUCAGGGAUCCUUAGAUGGUCCAUAUAUUUGGUCUGUCUCUGAUGUGAGUUGGGUUGGAGCAAAAAUGUGGACUUUCAUUUGAGAUUCAUUGGCGUAGGAGAACCAAAGGUGGUUCUUCUAUGGUAGGGAGCCAAAUCAUGGUCCUGUGAAUCCACCACCAUGCAGAACUUAGGUCUAAUUCCAAUCGAACACACUAGAAAAUGCUUUUGGGUGCAUCUGAGUAUCAGAACCAGGCAGAUCUAAACUGUCUAGAGUGGACGAUCUCCAGGACCCGGAUUUGGCACCCCGCUCUCUUGGUUCCCUGAUGGACCUUCUAUUGGUUCUCCAAAUGUGAAGAACCCUUUGAGAGCUUAAAGAACCUCUACAUCAUGUAAGGUGUCUUUAUACCAAUGUAAGGUUUUUUCUUAGAAAUGUAUUUCCAAGCCAAGAACCAUUCAGGAACCUUUAUUUCUGAGAGUGCAGAAGCAGCCCAAGGGCAGGAAGUUGAGUCUGUAGCUGCUCCCAUGGGAUUGGCUGGGUUAAUUCCCACAACCCUUUCCUCUUUUGUACAUGUCAUUCACAGCUCUCACGAGAACCCUCCUCCGGUCAAGCUUCUCUGACAAUGUGAUGGUGUGUGCGGUCGUCUAUGUGAACGUAUCCGAGCAAGUCCACCCUGCAGACGAGUUCUCCCAUCGACUUCACUCAUAAAUAUCCGUUCACCAGUGGUGGACUUGAGAUUUUCGCUAACUCGGCAAACUUUGGCCUGGUGGGCCCCCCCCACCAUGGUCACAUAUCGGCCAAUUGUUCAUGAGUUUCUUUUGUUUGUUUUUGUUGUCAUCUGUUCAUCGAGAUCAUCUGAUCUCGCCAAGAAGCCAAGCCUUGUGUGAUCUGAGGUUUGUGCCUCUGUAAGAGGCCACAAAAUAAGCAAAAUAUGCAAUUUUUAUUUAUUUUUGUAAUUGAGAGAGAGAGAAAAAAAAGAAAAAAAAAGAAAUACACCUAUAGAAAAGUGUUCUUAACCAGUGAAAUGAGUGAAAAAAAAAGAAACAAGACAAUACAACACAAGCAAAACACCACAAUCCCGCUGUGUUUGGUUUUUUUUUCUUACCUAUUUCUUUUUCUAAAUGCAGAUUUCUUUCUUUUUUGUUUACUUUGUGCAGUAGGUUUGAAGUAAACUGUGAAAAAAAAAACUCACUGAUCUGAGCAGUUCAUCUGAAACUAGUUGACACAUUACAGGAACACACACACACACGUCACUGUUUGGUUGCUGUCCUAAUAUGGGCGAUAAAAAUGACAAUCUUCUUAGUUUCUUUGAAUCCGAAGACGCUUUUCUGAACUAGCGAGUCGCGAAACGUUCGUAUGACAUCGCUGGUGGUUUUCCUGCUAGCACGGGACCCGGAACGCUGGAACGUUUCGCGAUAUGCUCGGCGAAGCGUCUUCAGGCUUACUGUAAAAUGCCUUGCUCGUACUGUCAUCCCGAGUUCAGAGGACUCUGAUUUUUUUGCACCGUACAUCUGUAGGCAAGAAGCUGUAAAUACAUUCAUGUUUGUAUUGUAUAUGGAUCCCGGGUUGUUACAAUAGCCUUAUUCACACGUUUUUAGGAAAGCAAAGAAAAACGACAGAGGAAAAAAUGAUACACCGGUAAAAAAAAAAAUACAAAAAAAGCAUACUUUUUUGCUAAAUAGCUUGUGUAAAUAUCAACAACCAACCCAAUACAACAUUUUUUUAUAAACUCUUAAAGUAAGAUGUUUUGUAUAAAAUUGGAAUUUUUUGCUAUGUAUUUUAGCUAGCGCUCGUCGGAAGUCCUCGACCCUUCCCAACCACCCCACCCCUUUUGCACUGUUUCCAUGGUGAUUUGGUUUCAAGGAAAAAAAAAUAUGAAAAGAAAGAAAACGAGAGAAAGAAGAGAGUUGCCAAACUGACUGCUGCAUAUUUGUGCCAUACGUGUGUACCAUAGAUAUUUAUUUAAUUAGUUUUUUGUUUUGUUUGUUUGUUUUUUUUUUUUUCGUUUCUGUUGGAUUUGAUUUCUAUCCAGUUUGGACGCAAAAAUUCAGUAUUAUGGUUGAGUUUCGUUUUGUUUGUUUCUUUUUCCUUUGACUCCUCCCAUUUCUGCCAUUUGUCUGUCUGUUGCUAUGGUUUCCCAGUGGCUGUAGCUCCACCCCUUUCCCGUGCAGUAAGAGCUGGUCAGGCUGUGAAAGAGUUCAAAAAGAAAUGACACACAUUCCACCAGUCUGUUACAAACUGAAAAUGAUUUUCAAUAAAAUGUUUUUUCCUAUGGAA